AUGGCUGAAGAAAAGACUACCCCGGUGCCUGUGGCCCGGGUCGCCAGCGCCGAACCGCGUCCGUCACAUACCGGCAGCGCCAGGGUUCACCCAGAUGAGAAGGGCGCCAUGGGUGGCGAAUGGACUGAGCCUACCGUCGACACCAAGGUCCCUGAGACCGAUGAGGAAACUAAGGAGGAGGAUCUGUACCGUCCGCUUCUGAUGGACCCUAACAUUCCCCAUGAGGAGCACAUCUUGACCGUUCGUGCCAUUGUCGUUGGCUGUAUUCUCGGCUCCCUCGUCAACGCCUCCAACUUGUACCUUGGUCUAAAGACUGGUUUCACCUUUGUGGCCUCCAUGUUCGGUGCCAUUUUCGGUUACGGUAUCCUCAAGCUCCUCUCGCAGUCCGGCCUUCCUAUCAUCGGCAAAGCCUUCGGUCCUCAGGAGAACAGUAUCGUUCAGGCUGCUGCCACGGGUGCAGGUGGUAUUGCCGGUAUCUUCGUCGCCGGUAUUCCUGCCAUGUACCGUCUGGGAGUCAUGGACAGCACUCCAUCUGGCGACAUUGGCAAGAUCUUCACUCUGACCAUCUGCUGUUCCUUCUUCGGUCUGUUCUUCGUCACGCCUCUCCGCAAGUUCUUCAUCAUCCGGACCGCCAAGGAGCUCAAGCUCAUGUUCCCCACCAACACCGCCACGGCUCUGACCAUCCGCUCGAUGCAUGCCGGUGUCGCCGGUGCGCGUGAGGCCGUCAGCAAGCUCAAGGCUCUGGGUGCUGCAUUCGGUGCCUGCAUUGUCCACCGUGUGGCUUCGUAUUACGCCAUUGGCAUUCUGUACGACUGGCACGUCUUUACCUGGAUCCACAUCUGGAGCGGCCACACGUCGUGGGCCAUGAACAUUGAGUCGUGGGGUUGGUACUUUGAGUGGACGACCGCCUUCAUCGGCUCAGGUAUGCUCAUCGGUAUGAACUCAGCCUGUUCGAUGAUGGGUGGUGCUAUCUUGGCUUGGGGUCUGAUCGGCCCCGUACUCGUACAUUAUGGAGAGUGCGUCGGUAUCGACGUGAGCGACGAUAUGCCCGAGUGGAAAGGAACCUAUUCUUUCACAUCCUUGUCCAACCCCCGAAACCCCUCACCCAGAUAUUGGUUGCUUUGGCCAGGUGUCAUGAUCAUGGUGUGCUCCUCCAUGGCUGAGCUCAUCGUUCACUGGAAAAUCAUCUACCUCGGCUUUGGCGCUGGAUGGAAGUCGAUCUGUAUCUCCCUCCACACCCUCGCCAUGAAGCGUGGCAAGCGCAUCGAAUACUUCGCAAAGCGUGCUGAGGCAGAGGAGAAGAUUGACGAAAACACCGUCCAAGAUCCCGCUACACCCGACCAGCAGGUCGCUACCUGGAUCUGGGUUGUUGGCCUGUUCGCGUCCAUCAUCUUGGCCAUUAUUGUCAUGGCUUUGCAAUGGGAGGUGAACGUCGGCGUCACAAUCCUCGCCCUGGUUCUCUCUUUCUUGUUCUCCUUCCUCGCCAUUCAGAUCGGUGCCGUCACCGAUCAAACACCUCUUACCGCCGCCGCAAAGGCCGCUCAGCUCGUCAUCGGUGGUGCGACUACUGGUGCCGGAUACAGCGUUAAGCACGCGCAGCGUAUCAACCUCAUCACUGCCGGUCUUGCUGCCGGAGCCGCCGAUGUUGCUACCGCUCUGACGGCCGAUUUCCGCACUGGUUUCCUCCUGGGUACCCCGCCCAACAAGCAGUUCAUCGCGCAGGCUAUCGGCACAUUCUGCAGUGUCUGGCUUGCCCCUGGCCUGUUUGUUCUCUUCACAACCGCCUACCCGUGUAUCCUGGAUGCCGAGAUUGACCACUGCCCCUUCCUGGUGCCAUCCGUCAGUGCUUGGGCAGCUGUUGCCCGUGUGGUCACGGAGCCCAACGUCUCCAUCCCUCUCUCCUCCGGAAUCUUCGCCAUCGUUUUGGGCGUUGUCUCCAUCCUCCAGGUCAUCUUCCGUCACUACUACCUCGUCGGCCCCCGCGAGAAGUACCAGGAGUGGUUGCCGAACUGGGGAGCCAUCGCUCUGUCGUUCGUUAUUCCUGGUCCCGUCUUCGUCAACGCCGCCUUCUUGGGUGCCAUCAUUGCCUUCAUCUGGCGCCGCUACAAGCCCGAGAGCUUCGAUGUCUACGGUUAUGCCAUUGCCGCCGGUAUGAUUGCCGGCGAGGGUAUGGGUGGUGUCAUCGGCGCUGCUCUCCAGCUCGGUAACGUCUCUGGAGACAGAUACGGAACCAAGGGCCUUGCCUGCCCUAUGGACUCAUGCUAG